ACACAAUAGACCUCUGCACACCACCACCCUCUAAAACCUACAAAUGCAAUACUCAAAACAAAUGUCUCAACUUUUAAAAGGUGCAGUUUGACCAAGAAGGAAAAAGAGAUAUAAACUACAACUGCUGUUGCAUUCAUGAAGAAAAUCCCAACUGGUUGUGAACAGGAAGGAAAACUCUCUACUGAAACUCUCCAAUGCAACAGUCCAAUGGCUGGUAAAGAAAUGAAGAACAGGGGUGGUAAAUGUCUGAAGGAAGUUCAAACAGUUACUGAAGCUCUGAAGACCCUCUACCGGCAAAAACUGCUCCCCCUGGAGAAGUAUUAUGGCUUCUCUGAUUUCCACUCAUCAAGCCUUGAAGAUGCAGACUUUGACAACAAGCCCAUGAUACUAGUGGUGGGUCAGUGCUCUACAGGCAAGACCACUUUUAUCAGAUAUCUUCUUGAACAAGAGUAUCCAGGAAGUCGAAUAGGCCCAGAGCCCACAACUGACAGUUUCACUGCCAUAAUGCAUGGAGAGAUUGAGGGAAUUAUUCACGGCAAUGCUUUAACUGUUGAUCCCAACAAGCCUUUCCGGAAUCUCAGCCCGUUUGGAACAACCUUCCUCAAUCGAUUCCAGUGUGUACAUCUACCUAACCAAGUCCUAGAGAGUAUCAGCAUCAUUGACACACCAGGGAUCCUGUCUGUGGCCAAACGCAAAACGAGCAGAGGGUAUGACUUUCCAGCGGUCAUCCGUUGGUUUGCAGAGCACGUUGACCGUAUCAUCCUCUUGUGUGAUGCACACAAGCUAGAGAUCUCUGAUGAGUUUUCACACACUAUAAUGGCAUUACGAGGCAAUGAGGACAAGCUCAGAGUGGUGCUCAACAAGGCUGACAUGGUGGACUCCCAGGAGUUGAUGCGAGUCUACGGCGCUCUCAUGUGGUCACUCGGGAAGGUGUUUUGCACUCCAGAGGUUCUGAGGGUCCACAUUGGCUCCUUUUGGUCCUCUCCAAUGCGUAUGACAGACAAUCGUAAACUGUUUGAGAAAGAGGAAGAGGACCUUUUUGCAGAUAUUCAGAACCUGCCACGAAAUUCUGCACUGAGGAAACUCAAUGAUCUGGUGAAACGAGCACGACUUGUAAGGGCCCAUGCAUAUAUCAUUAGCUCUCUAAAAGAAGAAAUGCCUUUGGUUUUCUGCAGAGAAAAGAAGAAGAGAGAUCUAAUCUAUGACCUUCCCAUCAUCUAUUCAAGAAUCCAACAGAGAUAUCAGAUUUCACCUGGAGAUUUUCCAGAUUGUGCCAAGAUGCAGGAGCGUCUCAUGAGUCACGACUUCAAGUUUAAAGGCCUCAAGCCUAAACUCUUAGCAGAGUUGGAUGAGCUCCUGAACACUGACAUAGCCAAGCUGAUGCCUCUUCUACGCCAAGAAGAAGAAGAUCAAGCUGAGCAGCUGUUAGUGCAAGGAGGGCUCUUUCUAGGGUCUCAAAGGGGACCUUUUAUUGUGGGGAAUCCAUUUCAUUACUCUGGAUCCAAUCGAGAAAGUGAACAUGUCUCAGAUAAAGAAUGGGUGGUAUCAAAAGAUAAACCAAAGUAUGAUGAGAUCUUUUACAACCUCUCGCCUCAUGAGGGAAAGCUAAGUGGGACUAAAGUGAAGGGCUGGAUGAUGAGCACUCAUCUGCCCAGCUCAGUUCUGGGACGAAUCUGGAGACUCGCAGAUGUGGACCGUGAUGGCAUGUUAGACGAUGAAGAGUUCGCUUUGGCCAGCCAUCUCAUUGAGGUAAAGUUGGAGGGCUUCGGGCUUCCUCAUGAGCUACCUGCACAACUCGUGCCACCAUCCAAAAGACGACGCAAAAACUCUGGCACAGAGAAUAGAAACAAUGAUUAAUCUGCAUGUUUUCAUGUUUAUGAUCCCCGCUGAAAAAAAAAAUCCAGCCUGGUCUUAGCUGGUCAGCAGGCCGGUUUUAGAGGGGGUUUGGCCACUUCCUGGUAAGGUUGGUCUUAGCUGGUCAGGUUGGGAGACCAGCUGGAACAACCAGCUAAAACCAUCUUGAUCAGCCUAGCCAGGCUGGGAGACCAGCUAAAACCAUCUACUUCCAGCUAAGACCAGCCAACCAACUUUUUUUAUCAGCAAGGAGCAGUGUUUAUUCAACAUUUAAGUCAUGAAUAAUAUUAAACUAAUGUAUUCACUCGUAUAAUACCUAAAAUCAUUUAUAGCUUGCAAAGUCUGUAUGUAUAAAUCCUCCAUAGACAAAAACAAUCUCAGAAGACAAGUUGUUUUGAUAGUUCAGAUUUCCCAAGGGUUGAGACCAGCUUAUCCUGUGAAACAUGCUUGGCUAGUUACAGAAAUGCCGUCGAGACUGUUGCUAUGAAAUAAACGAAUGUCAACACUUAUAAAAGUACCUUAUUGCAGUUCAAAUACUAUUUGUCAAAGUGAAAUGUUGCUUCUUAA